CACUACUGAUCUCCUCUCACCCAACCACAGACCACACAGGAGGCUGACGAGGAUGCUCCGUUCCCUUCCAUCCCGUAAACCGUCCUCCUCCGACAACAUCGACAUCGACAUCGAUACCAAACUCGCCCGGAACGAUAAAGACAAACACCUCGAUAACAAACAACCACAUGUCCAUGCUCGAAACAAAGGCUCGAUGAUCCCACCACCAGCACCUUCGACUUCAAAAGUACGACCUCCUCCUAAACCUCUUGCUUCACAACCACAAUCACAACAACAGCCACGUCCCUCUACCCAGAGUCUAUCGGGACCUAGCCGGACACAGAGAAUCGACCAACCCGAUCUCAAAUCACAAUCACAUCCUUUGAACGAUGUCUAUCAGGUCAUCCACACUCAGACCUCGCGACCUCUUAACGGCAGUACCACCGAACAAUCAGGUCCGAAAGAUGGUAGAGAUAAAUGGGCACUGCAUACUUUUGUGGACGAGACGGGCAAAUGGGUCAAGUUCCGUGUCUAUGGGAUGGUCGAGGUCGAGGUCGAGGUAGAUCGGGAUGCGGGGCGUUCGCAGCGGGAGGACGAGAAGGUCAAGAUGAAGCAGAAGUCUGAUUCUGGGAGAGGACAGCUGUUGAAAGUCAAGACGGAUAAGGAGAGACCAGCUACUCGGAAGAAGGUGGAAGUCGAAGCAAGUACGGAUGUACGUACCGUACAAACCGUACGUCGAACAACCAGAACAAGAUCGGCUAUCAAGCAGGAAGAUGCUGUUACUUUACAACCAGUACAAGGUGGUAGGAGUAGAGGAGGUCUGAAGAGGAAACGAUCAGGCGACCCAGCAGGGUCGGAAGUGGACAUCGAAUUACAAUCCGCUCGGUACCAGCAUGAUGCCAUCGGAUUGGAUGUGGAAUUAGGACGUGGGAAUGGGAAUGGGAGUGGGAGUGAGACGGAGCUCGAAGAAGAUAGCGAUCAUGACGAUGAAGAAGGUGGAGAAGGAAAUGAAGAUGAGGACGAGGAUGAGGAUGAGGAUGGGGAUGAGGAUAUCACCAUCGACGACGAGAACGACGGCCACGCUAUCAGACAGAAGGCGGUCUUGAAAGUGAAAGAGACGAAGGUUGGGCUUUGGAAAGGAUAUCUCAGGUUGAGCAAGGUUCAAUCCCCGCAUACGCCUCAGAGUAUCAGGAAGGCCAUCUUGGAAGCGUUCGUUAGGGUCGAGGUCGUCCCGAACGAUCCUCUCGCGGGAGAUGGACCGAGGUCGGGAACGGAGCGUGAACGCGAGUGUGAUAUCAAGGUGAUCAUCGACUAUCCUUCCACCCAGGUUCAAUCUGCAACCCAAACCCAGACUCAAACUCAGAGUCAAGCGCGAACUCGAACUCGAGAAGGACCGGGCAAUGUCCCGCCCCAGAUUGUCGGGUGUCAGUUCGCCCUCCCCAUUCCAGCUUCGGAUCUCGAUCUUGGUGGCGGCGCACCAAAGUCGGGGGCAGUUGGGUCUGGGUGCACGUGGGGAGAAGAAGGGUUGAAGGGAUGGUGGGAUGUGGGAUGUAAGAUGAUCACCGAAUACAACCGUACUUCUACCCAACUACUCGCCAUCGAGGAAAAGAAGACCCGUCCCCUUCCCUCUUGCACUCCGCCCACCUCGGCAGGACACGUCCCGACCUUGUCAUCAUCUCAGACACAACUACAGAUCCCCGCGGGGUCGAGCCAGGACGGACAGGUAUCGGGGAUGUUACGACGAGGUUCGGGCGUCAAGAACGAUCCUACGUAUGAGGACUAUUUGAUGAUGGUGAAAGAGGUCCAGAUGCUCAAGAUGGAGAACAGACAACUUGCCCAAGAGAAUUCGGCUCUCAAGGGCGGGUAUGCGGGCAAGUUGACAUUGUCGCAGCAACAACAGGCGAGGGCGAGCAGUCAGUCGGGAGGGGUACCGACUAGGGGAAAUAUGGCGGCCGGGAUGAGCAAGAUUCAGCCGGGUAUCCGAAAGCCGCCCAAGAUCGAAACGGGGUUCGCUUCUUCGAGCGACGAGGACUGAUGAAAUCGCAGGGGGGUAGAAAUUUCUUGUCAUGAUAUUCUUGGGAUCUUGUCACGGACAAUGAGUGCAUUUUUCUGGUUGUAUACAGUUGGGAGCGUGCUCCUCUAUGAUGUUCAUAAUGGAAUAUGCUUGAGCGUUCGUGAUGCGUUGUAAUCAGUUCUUUGUCAGACAGCUGUCAUUCAUUCAUAAGUGACCAGGUUUUGUGACCAGGUGGUAACUUUCGGGUGUGCCAUGACCUGCGGCGGGUAUGAAGGAUCUUUAGCGGCAUAGAAACGAUCAAAUAUAGGAUCUGUGCUCACCUUGGCGGCAUUGAAUCCAGU